ACCUCGCCGCUGGGUUCCUGCAUGACGUUUGCGCUGUUGUCAGUUACUCACAGGUCUCCACAGCGGCUCGUUCUUUUGCUUUUUCGCUCCAUUUUUAGACUGAAAACAGCAACAUAAAACAAGUAAAAUAAAACAGUGUCCUCCGUAAAAGUCGGUUUUAAUUAUCCUGUAUGGCAAUGGCAGACCCGAAGUACGCAAACCUACCGGGCAUCGCCUCUAACGAGCCAGAUGUUUAUGAGACCAGCGACCUGCCCGAGGACGACCAGGCGCAGUUUGAGUCUGAGCUGGAAGAGCUGUGCAGUGACAGUGUGGAGCGCAUCGUUGUUAAUCCCAAUGCUGCCUACGACAAGUUUAAAGACAAGCGUAUCGGCACUAAGGGUCUUGAUUUCUCAGACCGCAUCAGCAAGAGCCGCAGAGUCGGCUAUGAGUCCGGAGACUAUGAGCUGUUGGGUGAAGGGUGUGGGGUUAAGGAGACCCCUCAGCAGAAGUACCAGCGGCUCGUUAAUGAGAUUCAGGAGCUCACAGAGGAAGUGGAGCACAUUCAGGUCGGUGCUAAAGAGAGCAGUGCGGAGGAGCGCCUAACGCCGGUGGUUCUGGCUCAGCAGGCGGCCCAACUCAAAAAGCAGCUGGUCUCAGCCCAUUUGGACUCACUGCUAGGCCCGAACGCCCACAUCAACUUGGCCGACCCAGACGGAGCUCUUGCCAAGCGUCUGAUGAUUCAGCUGGAGGUCGCACGGGGUGUGCGUAGCAGUGCCGGGGGAGAGGGAAAAUCAGCAGCACCCAAAGGCCCAGAUGGAGUUGUGCUGUAUGAACUCCACAGCCGGCCUGAGCAUGAGAAGUUCACGGAGUCUGCAAAGGUAGCAGAGUUGGAGAGGAGGUUGGCAAACCUGGAGACUGCAAUAGGUUCUGGACUAGAUAAGCAGGGUCCUCUCAGUGCUGGUCUUCAGGGUGCCAGUCUAAUGGACACUAUGGAGCUGCUGCAGGCUCGAGUUAGUGCUCUGGAUGCUGCCACUCUGGACCAGGUUGAAGCCAGACUGCAGAGUGUUUUGGGGAAGAUGAAUGAAAUAGCAAAGCACAAGGCAGCAAUUGAAGAUGCUGAAACGCAAAACAAGGUGGUACAGCUUUAUGAUGUGGUGCAGAAGUGGGAUGCCAUGGCAACCACCCUUCCUCAGGUGGUCCAGAGACUGAUUGCCGUUAAAGAGCUACAUGAGCAAGCCAUGCAGUUUGGGCAGCUGCUGGCCCAUCUGGACACCACACAGCAGAUGAUCAACAACGCACUGAAGGACAACAGCACACUGCUCACACAGGUGCAGCAGACUAUGAGAGAGAACUUGGUUUCUGUAGAAGAGAACUUUGCUACUUUGGACCAGAGGAUGAAGAAACUCUCGAAAUAAGAUUUUUUUUUCUUACUCGUAUGAGUGGGAGAUUUAGAGACGUGGAAAAGGAUCAUUUCAUUACAUUUUAAAGCCUGUGCAUUCUUCCAUCAUUUAAACUUUUUCCUUAAUACAGAAGGUUAAAUAAAACAAUGGUGUAGCUGAA